CUUGGUUUCACGAAAGGUCAGUCUCUCGACUCUGAACUCAGCCCGGUGUUGCAUUGAUCGUCGAAUGUGCGCCUGUGCUCACCGACUGGCCGGCUGCCGCUCCCAGGAGCCGCCCGAGCCGGGUCCUGUCCAUUCACCUCCCACACAUCGUGGUUGCGGAACGGGAUUUGGUGGUGCCGCUUGUUGGCCUGGGAGUUGUUGGCUCUCUUCCGAAUCCAGAAUCACCCCCAGCAUAUUGCAUAUGGCUGGCUAACAAUGCAAUCAGGGCAAAUGUUCGACGGUCAGCUCAAACCCCGUUUCGGUCCAAUUCUGAAUAUUCAGGUAAUUUUGAAGCUGCUUUCGCCCCGUAACGAAGGAAGCGCCCCUCCGUCCUCCCAUGUUAUAACACGAUCGCGGACUCCACACACUGCUGGAGGCCUGCAGGGAUGACCUCUUAUUAUUACGCCUUUCAUAAAUGCGCUUAACACACAAACACACACGCAAAAAAGAGGCGACCAAGUAAUAACCAGUUACUCCAUACAGUAGUGAGCUAGGUACCGAGUAAAAAGAGGGUAGUCGAUGCACAGGCAUAUCCAGCCGCCAGUGGACCGAAACUACUCGAUAAGCAUAGGGAUCCCAUGAAAAAAGGAAUUUUUCUAAAAGAAAAAAUAAAAAAUAAAAAAAGGUUUCGCUUCCUUUCCUGCUUCAUCCUUUAUCCUCACUACGUGCCCACAGUUGUCUUUUCAACGAUGACACUAUAUUUGUCGCUGUCAGUUACCAAUUGCGAUUCACGAUGCGAGGAUGGUACAAAUUAAGCUGUCUUCAUCGGCUCCCCACCAAGCUCCCUUUAACCCCAUGUUCCUGACUGUCUUGCUGGUUGCUCAGAUCAUUUUAAUCUCUAACUAAUCUCCUCCGCUUAUUCUUCUCUUUUUCGUUUUCAAGUCUGCAUUACUCUUCGCAUCUUUUCUUUUUCUUUCUUUCUAGUCGCUCUCUUAUACCCUCCGGUGGCCGCUCCACUGGGCCGCUCGUUUCCAUCUUCUUCUACCUUAACGCCUAUUAAUCUUAAUAAUUUUCUUCCUUCUGGGAGCGAUCGGCUCCGAUAUAAUCGGGAGGUCUUCUUCGGCCACGCAUUGUACGAGUUUCUACAUACAUUGGUUGGUGUUUAACGGUUGGCAAAGAAGACGCAAUCAACGACGCAUGAUGGCAUAUGAAUUUCCCCAUUUUCUGGCUUUUAAGCUAUUAUUUGUCUACCGAUAUCUCAGACUGGCUGUUAAUUUAAUUGCAGUAUGGACAUUUCGUCCAAUUCCUCCUCCGGAGAACCCUACCUUAACAUCCCAAGAUGCGACCAUCAUUAUACCCUCCUUGCAAGGCUGUGGUGAGGAGUUGCGAGAGACAAUUAGGACAAUCUUAGUCAACGAGCCCUACCAGAUUUUCCUGGUGACCAUUGACGCGAACCGUGCAAACGCGCAGAAGAUGCUCGACACGAUGCCCGCAUCGAAAACCAGAAUCCAGCUUCUCAGCAUCCCCAAGCCGAACAAGAGACGCCAAAUGGUUCGCGCCAUUCCCGAGGUGCGCACGGAAAUCACAAUCUUCGUCGAUGAUGACGUGACGUGGCCCAAGACGGAAUUGAAGUGGAUGCUCGCCGUAUUCGAGAAAGACCCCAUUUACGGGGGCGUCGCGACAUGCCAGAGAUUACGGCGUGUGAAUGCACCGAUGUUUUCAAUGCAGAAGAUCUGGGACUUCCUGGGGGCGUUGUACCUCGAACGGCGCAACUUUGAUUGUGCUGCGACUACCCAUGUGGAUGGCGGCAUGCCGUGCCUUUCUGGUCGUACCGUCGCGUAUCGGACCAAGAUCCUACAAGACCGCGAGUUUACUAUGGGGUUCACCAACGAGGAGUGGUGGUUUGGGCGGUAUGAGCUCAAUGCUGACGACGAUAACUUCUUAUCACGAUGGAUGGUUACUCACGGCUGGGAAACAUACUUUCAAUACCAUCCCGAGGCUGAGAUUCAAACAACACUCGAAGACAAUCCCAAAUUCCUGAAACAAUGUGUCAGAUGGUCGAGAAGUAACUGGCGCAGCAAUCUAACAACCUUAUUUCAGGAACACGUCGUCUGGUUCCGCCAACCGUGGAGCACCUACGCCGUCUUCCUGACCACGCUGUCACCUCCCGCUUUUAUUGGCGAUCUCUCUCUGAUCCUCUUCCUCUAUAAAGGUACAGAGGGUUGGAGUGGAGAGACCCGCACAUUGGCGAUGCAAGUACUCUUGCUGUGGAUGUUCGUUAGCAAAUUUAUCAAGUUGCUCGGCCAUUACAUCCGCUAUCCCGCCGAUUUCCUCCUACUCCCAGUUUCGAUAUUGUUUGGAUACCUCCAUGGUAUCAUCAAGGUUUACGCCGCCUUCACGCUCAAUGUGACGACAUGGGGUUCUCGUGAAGGCGCCGACGUCAGCGACACUGACCGGAUGAAGGAAAAAUCGGAUUACGAUAACUCCUCUUUUUCCAAAGCGCGAUUAUUGGCAGCUCCUCAAUAG